GCGCCGUUUCCGCGGAGCUCCUGGCACAGGAUCCUGCUGGAUGCGUGCAGCUCGUAUCGGCUCGGGAUAAAGAAAACACGCGCGCCUGCCCUCAAAAACUGGAUGUGGUGUGUUGUGUGUACGCGCGUGUGUGGCUUAGUCAUGAAUACACCUGAGCGGGGCAUAUAGUUCCUGGGCGUGGGGAAAGACUCAGAAAGCAGCGCGUCUGCUUGUUUGUCGUGGGAAUAUUGUUAAAGUAAACUUCACUGCAGCGGCUGAAACAGACGUGCGCUGCGCUCCGGUCCGGUCGGCACUUCCUUCCCCUCCUCCCUCCCAUACCAGGAUGUAAUUUUGGGAACUUUUGGAAGCACCGGGGACACACAGGACUAGUUUCAUGAUCUGACUUUGGUUUUAUUGGGGAAUACUGUCAGGCAGAGGCGGCUUGUGCAGCGCAGAGGAACAGCGGCGGAUCCAGAGGUGAGGAGAGAAAGGCGCUUCAUGUCAUCAGGGUUUGACAGAACUCAUCACUGAACAGGAGAGUGAGGUGAUUGAUGCCACCGGGGAUCAACAGACCUGAACACUGAAUAUACAUGAUGGAGCGGUGGUGGAUGUGCUGUUUUGCUGUAGUCUUCAUGGCAGCUCAUUACUUCAGGCCCUCCCACGGCGACACCACACAGUUCUCCUCCGAAACUCUGAUCAACAACCUGGUGGCCGAUCCCCGCACGGGCCGGCUGUACGUCGGCGCCGUUAACGCCCUCUAUCAGCUGAACUCUGACCUUGUUGUCGAGUCCCAAACCAAGACGGGCCCCAAGAAGGACAACCGGCAGUGCACGCCGCCGGUUACUGAUGCCUGCGAGGAGGCUGUGGACACCGACAACCACAACAAGCUGCUGCUGGUGCACGGGGCCAAAGAUGUGCUGGUGGUGUGCGGCAGCCUCUUCAGAGGCAUCUGCUCCCUGCGGAACCUGAGUAAGGUGGAGCACCAGCUGUACUUCAGCGACAACAAAGGGGAGAAGUCGUACGUGGCGAGCGCCGAGGAGAGCGUCUCUGUGGUGGGAGUGAUGUCGUAUUUCACCGAGGGGAGCGACAACUUGACUGUGUUCCUGGUUGGUAAAGGGUACGGUAGCCAUGACAGCACCAAGCUGAUCUCCACGCGAAUCCUCCAGGACUACCGCGAUUGGGUGGUUUUCGACAGCAUCAUUGAGGCCUCUGCAGUCCAGGCGAACCCCUUCGUCCUGCUCUACCUACACGACUUCCGCUUUGCCUUCAAAGACGGCGGCUUUGUGUACUUCCUGUUCUCUCGUACGCUCGGGGUGCAGGACACCAAAAACUUCACCUUCAUCUCCAGGAUGUGCGAGAAUGAUCACUCUUAUUACUCCUACACUGAGCUGCAGCUCAACUGUAGCGCCAACAACAAGUACAACAAAGCUCAGGCUGCUUAUGUAGCAACUCCGGGGGAAGUUUUGGCUCAGAGUAUGACCAACUCUGGCCAGUAUGGAAGUGUUUCAGCCUCUGACAAGGUGCUGUUUGUCACCUUCACUUCUGAUGAGGACCCAUCUGCUUCAGCCAUGUGUAUGUACCCUCUGAAGUCAAUUAAUACUCAGCUGGGGGAGAUAAUAGGAGCCUGUUACAUCCACAUCGGCAUCAUUAAUAAUAAACCUGCUGUUUAUUCACCUUAUUCCUCCAAGUCUGAUGAACUGUGCCUCAGCAGCAAUCAGAAUGCUCUCAAGUACAAGUGUGGAGCAGAGUUCCUGCCCUCCCCAUUGGCCAGUAAGGCAGAGUUUGCCCUAAAAGCAGAGCCCUCAUUGACCCAUAAGGCUCACUUGACUGCCGUGGCUGUGGCAGAGGAAAUGGGACAUGCUGUGGCGUUCGUGGGCACCGCCACUGGAGAGGUGCUGAAGGUGCAUUUGUCAGCCCAUCCUGAGGUGUACGGGCGAGCUGCAGGCAAAAUCUCUGGAGACAAGGUCAACAAGAACCUCCUGUUCGAUUCAAGCCUCGAACACCUGUACAUCACCACCGAGAAAAAGAUCACUAAGGUUCCAGUCCAAGCCUGCCAGCAGGAGACAAACUGCCACUCCUGCGUCAGCCUGAAGGAUCCGUACUGUGGAUGGUGUGUCCUGGAGGGAAGGUGCACCAGGAAGCAGGAGUGUGGUAGGUCGACGGAGCCGAACACCUGGCUGUGGUCGCCUGAUGUAAAGUGCGUGCAGAUCCAGGGCUUCAACCCUCCGAACCUCAGCUGCAAGAAGACACAGCAGGUGACCAUCAGCAUACCCACUCUGCCCAGUCUGAGGCCGUCUGAUAGCCUGCAGUGUGUCUUCGGCUCUUUCAUCGCUGGAGCAGUAGUUCACGAUGGACAGGUCACUUGUCCGCUGCCCGACCCUGUGGAAAUCCCACCCACUCCUGACCAGCAGGACUUUGUGUCAGUCCCAGUCAAGAUUCAGGUGAACUCGAUCGAGGUGACGUCAGGAAAGUAUGACUUCUACAACUGUGCUGCUACAAUCAGGAAGAAUCAAAACACACCGUGUAUAGCGUGUGUGACCAGUAAGUGGGGCUGUCAGUGGGACGCUCAGGCUCACAGCUGCAGCGACAGCGACGACGCUGUGAAUGGAAAUUUCAUAAUCAAACCCCAACAGCCUGACAGCUGUCCUCAGUUUGAGUCUCCGGAGCCGGCGUUGAUCCCGGUGGGCUACCAGAUCCCCAUCAGCUUCCAGGGAAGAAACCUGGACAGCUACAUGGGUCGAACAUUUUUGAUUGGGACUGAGCUGAUGAAGUACAGCGAGCAGGAGGUGACACAGGAGGAGGCGACUUCAAAGUUUGGAUUCAGAGGUUAUAAGUUUGAAUAUGACAAGCAGCAGGAGGUGAACGUAUCCUUCCACAUCAAGGACAGAGACACCGAGAGGAAGAUUGACAGCACCCUCACAGUCGUACUGUAUAGCUGCUCAGUGGAAAGAGAGGACUGCAGCCUGUGCAAACAUGCCGACUCCAAGUACCAGUGUGUUUGGUGCGCCACCUCACACAGCUGUGUUUACCGGGAACUCUGCCGUUCACCACAGCCGGCGCAGUGCCCCAGCCCAGAAAUCACUGAUAUCAGCCCCAGGUACGGUCCUCUGAAUGGUCGGAUCUCAGUGACCAUCAAAGGCUCCAACAUGGGUAUAAAGAAGGAAGAUAUCAAAAAGAUCAUAGUGGCCGGAGUGGACUGUGUUCACCAGGAGGACAGAUACUCCGUCUCGACCAGUGUGGUCUGUGAGAUCGGCCCAGCGAAGCGAGUCCCACCGCAAGACCUCCCGUUUGAAACGACCAACAGCGGACCGGUGGAAAUAUUAGUGGAGGGAGGACGAUCUGGGAGAUCUCAAGUCCACUUUACCUACCGGGACCCCGAACCAAAAACCGUCUCCCCAGAGAAGGGUCCAGCAGCUGGAGGAACCGUGAUCACGAUCGGAGGGAAAGACCUGGACACGGCGACUAAAGAGGACGUUGCUGUCACAGUGGGAGGAGUUCCCUGUGAAGUCCUGUCGUUCGGCACAGAAAUCAAAUGUAAGACCGGCAAGUAUCGUGGGCAGAAGGUGCCGUCCGACUGGUUAACCGUGACGGUGAAGUACGGGACGAACACCACCAAAGACAUCCCAGGAGCGUAUCAGUACUCUGAAAACCCCAAGAUCAUGGGUUAUAACCCCAAAUCCAGCUUCGUAUGUGGUGGUCGAAAGAUUGUGGUGUUUGGAAACGGGUUCGAUCUGAUCCAGAGAGCCACGAUGAGAGUCCAGCCCUCCCCCGACGAGUUUGCGCAGAAGUUACCGCCUGACGACCUCGGUUUGGACGCUCUGAGUAAGAACGACACCAUCCUCCAGUUUUACUCCCCAGCCGUGAACUCCAGCUACGACACCCAGUCUCUCAGGAUUUACCUGCAGCUGGACAAUGUGAUCGAGGAGCUGAAGAACUUCGACUAUUACCCCGACCCCACCUUCAACGAGCUCGCCAAGAACGUCAUCACGGAGACCAGCAUCAUCAUUGUGACUGGUCGAGGUUUCUCCAAGGCAAUGACAGCCAAAGAGGCCCAGGCGUUUGUUGGAGAUGCCUCGUGUCACGUAAACAUACUGCAGGAUGAUAAGCUGAUCCUGGAGGCACCUUCAUCGCAGCCCCGAGCCAGAUCCAAACGUCAGCGCAGAGACACAACCAAUGACCUGCUGGAGCUGGUGGUGAAAUUUGGCAAUGGCGAAUGGAUUGUGGGUUCGGUCUACUACGCCAGGAAGGACGACAUUCCUCUGGCUAUAAUCAUCCCAGCAGUGAUCAUGCCGAUGCUGCUCUUCAUCGCCGUGUCCGUCUACUGCUACAGGAGGAAGAGUCAGCAGGCAGAACGGGAAUAUGAGAAGGUGAAACACCAGCUGGAGAAUCUUGAGGAGAGUGUCCGAGAUCGCUGCAAGAAAGAGUUCACAGAUCUGAUGAUUGAAAUGGAGGACCACACCAGCGACUUGAGCGAAGGCCGCAUCCCCUUCCUGGACUACAAAACCUACACCGACCGAAACUUCUUCCUGCCCUCCAAGGAUGGUGCCAACGACCCCAUGAUCACAGGAAAAUUACAAAUCCCAGAAGCCCGCAGGGCUACUGUGGCUCAGGCACUUAACCAGUUCUCCAACCUGCUGAACAGCAAAACGUUUCUCAUCAAUUUCAUCCACACAUUGGAGAGCCGUCCGGACUUUAAUGCCCGGUCUCGGGGUUAUUUCGCCUCCCUGCUGACGGUGGCACUGCACGGCAAACUGGAGUAUUAUACGGACAUCAUGAGGACGUUGCUGCUGGAGCUGAUGGACGAACAUGUGCAGAACAAAAACCCCAAACUCAUGCUCAGGAGGUCAGAGACGGUGGUGGAGAGGAUGCUUUGUAAUUGGAUGUCCAUCUGUCUCUAUCAGUUCCUCAGGGACACAGCAGGAGAGCCUUUGUAUAAACUGUUCAAGGCCUUGAAGCACCAGAUUGAGAAGGGGCCGGUGGACGCCAAGAUGAAGAAAGCCAAAUACACGCUGAAUGACACGGGGCUGCUGGGGGACGACGUCGAGUACUCUGUGCUGACUCUGCAGGUGUUGGUGCACGGGGAGGGACCAGAUGUGACUCUGGUGAAGGUGUUGAACUGUGACACAGUCUCCCAGGUGAAAGAGAAGAUCAUCGAUCAGGUGUACAGGAAUCUGCCGUAUUCUCAGAGACCGAAGGUGGAGAGUGUUGCGCUGGAGUGGCGUCCUGGCUCCACGGGUCAGAUCCUGUCCGACCUCGACCUCACAUCCCAGAAGGAAGGACGCUGGAAGAGACUCAACACUUUGGCUCAUUACAACGUUCGAGACAACGCCACGUUGGUUCUGUCCAGAGUUUUGCACACACAGUCAUUCCACCAGCACCAAGACAGCCACGAAGAAAAAAACGCCCUGCUGGAGGAUGAUAACACUUUCCACCUGGUGAGACAGCCUGAUGAAAUUGACGAGGUGAAGUCGAAGCGAGGCAGCAUGAAGGACAAAGCGAUGACCAAAGCCAUCACAGAGAUCUACCUGACCAGGCUGCUGUCUGUCAAGGGCACUUUGCAGCAGUUUGUGGACAAUUUCUUCCGCAGCGUGCUGUGCUCGAGCUCCGUCGUCCCUCCGGCCGUCAAAUACUUCUUUGACUUCUUGGACGAGCAGGCGCAGAGACACGACAACGUAGAUGAGGAGACGCUGCACAUCUGGAAGACCAACAGCUUGCCUAUGCGGUUCUGGGUGAACAUCCUGAGAAACCCACACUUCAUCUUCGACGUCCACGUGACGGAGGUGGUGGACGCGUCGCUGCACGUCAUCGCUCAGACCUUCAUGGACGCCUGCACCAAGACGGAGCACAAACUCAGCAGAGAGUCUCCCAGCAACAAGCUUCUCUAUGCAAAAGAGAUUUCCACGUACAAGAAGAUGGUUGACGAUUACUACAGGGGCAUCAGACAGAUGGUUCCAGUCAGUGACCAGGACAUGAACACACACCUCGCUGAGGUGUCCAGGCAACACACAGACAAGCUGAACACCCAGGUGGCCUUACAUCAACUGUACCAGUUCGCCAGCAAGUACUACGAUGUGAUUAUCCAGUCACUGGACGAUGACCCUGCAGCCCAGAACAAACAGCUCACCCUCCGCCUCCAACAGGUCGCUGCCGCCCUAGAGAAUAAGGUCACUGACCUUUGACGCCAGACCUCGAGGAGGGUUUGGGAGGAGGAGCUUAUGAAUGCUAAAAUACAGGAUUUUGUUUUCAACAUAAGGACUCAAAGGAUGACGAGCUCUCAGACUCUACCGAAUGUUUAAUCGUGUAACGACUGAAGUAAGAUGGUGUCAGUGGAUCCACAGGAAGGACUGAAGGGGGAGGAGUUAUGGGACUUCUGGAGGGAUGAGGGAAGUGUUAAAAUACACCCUGAGUGGUGGAAACUAAAGUGCUGAUAUCUACUACUCCUACAUGGUAUACUUCUGCUGGGCAUCCCAAAAUAAAAUAGCAAGGAGGGAUGUGAAAUGGCAUCAUGUGAUUACAGAGGGAAGUUGUGUGAAAUCAGAGUUAUUUUUUUAAGUGUAGCUAGGACGUACUUUUGUGUACUCCUUGGACUUUGGUGUUUCUGUAUUUGGCUUCUCUUCAUCGCAAAUUUUAAUUUUACCAUGCAAGGACCGAAGUGCCACAUGAGGAACGAAGGUUUCAAAUUUAUUUGAUGAAUGAGUGUGGAAAUGAGUAAAUGAGACAUUCCCAAGUAUAUCCGUUUUGGUACUUAGCUCUUUUCGGAAGUGCAGCUGCUCUUUGCACCCUUUGUGACCACUUUGUGAAGUCUGGGAACUGUGGAUGUGAGGUGAAUUUCAUCCUGAAGAAUGCAAAUGAUGCUCAGAUGAAGCACCAGUAAAAUGGGAACCCUCUACGGUACAGACCACUGACCUAUCAGGGGUCUUGAGGAACUGAAUUCAGGGUACGAUGAGUUAAAUAAGCCCAAACAGCAGGUUUUUUUCUUGUAUUGUGGCCAAAUGUUGGUUUUUCUCGCCAAUUAGCUGCCGUAUGUGUUUCUAUGCUGAUGAUACUGUGCUGGUGACUCACAGCUGAAAAUUUUUAUUCAGUUUAGUUUUAGGUUUGUUUUUUUAAAUGUACACAGGCUUUACGCAGAGGCUUCAUGAAUCCAUAUCCAACAUAAAAUGUAUCUUUUUAAUUUACUGACAUGGUACCACUUACUUUUAUUCUUUUGCAGAGUUUCUGUGCAGAUGGUCCAUAAAUGUAUGUGAAAGUGUUCUCAGCUGAGAUGCUUUUUUACUUUCUGCAAAAAAAAAAAUUUAAAAAUCUCAACUAAUCAUGUGAACUAAACAGCCAAAACUUUUAUGUUCAUGCGUGAUUUAUGUUUGCUUUUAUAAUCUGUACACUUCCACUUCUCUUGCGGUACCCUCUCAAAUAUAACGCUGCAUUUGUUUUCUAUUUUUCUGUUUAAGCGCACAUGCUAGACAAGGUUUGCUUACUUUUAUGUCUUCUGAAGGACAGGGUAUCAAAGGAUCCUUGAAGAACACCUCAAAUAAUCCCAAAUUUAAAGUAGUGAAAUGUUAAAUUUUUUUUUUUUUCAUCGUGCAUCAAUGUUGUUCUUAGAGCUGAAAGAUAAGUAAAGAAAUAUUGCAUUGAGUUAGUUUCAUUAUACAUGGCACCACAUGCAUUGUCUCUGAACAAUCAGCUACCUUCUUCCUUGUUGUAUGGAAGAUUUAAAAAGCAUAAAAUUAAUUAAAAACAAACAAUAUUGUAUGUUUAUUAAAUUUAAGAGCUGUGGUUUAAAUUCUCUUUUACUGUAUUUUUACAUGAAAACUUCAGAUCCACAAACUUUGUCCAGUAAAUCAGCAGCUUUGCUUUUAUGCUUGGCUCUCUCUUCAUCACAGCCAGUACAAGGUCUGAAUCAUUGCAGGCGCUGCAUCAAUCUCCCCCUCCACUUUCCCCUCACUCACGAACAAGACCCUAAGAUACACACAUUUGCGGCAGCAACUUGUCCGUUACCCAGAGGGGGUGCUCCCCCCUUCACCUUUUUCCGACUGAGAACCAUAGCCUCAGACUUGGAAGUGCUAAUUCUAAUUCCAAGUGCAGCACGCUCUUCUGCAUCCCACCCCAGUGCAAGCUGGAGAUCAUGGCUCGAUGAUGCCAACAAAACCACAUCAUCUGCAAAAAUCAGAGGUGAGGUCAUGAGACCACCAAACCUGACACCCUCCACCCCUCGAUUGCACCUAGAAAUUCUGUCCAUAAAAAGUUAUGAACAGUGUUGGUGACAGAGGGCAGCCUCGGUGAAGUCCAACAUCCACCGAGAACAAGUCUGACUUAUUGCCACCAAGUGAACCAAACUCACUACAGUUGUAUAGGGACCAAAUAACCCACAACAAUGGGCCCAGUACCCCCAUACGCCCAAAGCAGACCCCCACAGGAUACCCCAAGGGAUGCAGUGGCAUGCCUUCUCCAGGUCCAUAAAACACAUGCAGACUGGUUGGGCAAAUUCCCCAUCCCAAAUGUCAGUUACAUUAACACAAAAUAGUGCAUGAAGUUGGCAAACAACAUAACAAUCUGAACAAACUGAUAACUGGGACUUGACCUGUUUGAAUGUCACAUGAUCUGAUUUGCAUGUACUGAUUGGUGGUGCUAUGGACAUGGUGGCUUUUGCUGACAAAGGGAAGUGGCAUCCAGAGAACUUUGCCAACACACCAUGUUUUGGACGAGGCUCAGUGUGGCAACCCCUUGGAAAUAAGCAAGCAACCCAAAGCACCUUUACCUUUUAUUAAAAGCAAAAACACUCUCAAAACAAUUUUAUUUUUUUAUUCAGGCACUUUAAAUCUUCCAUAGUCUCUGACCUAGAUGUAUAGUUCUAUUUUAAUGUUGCAAAAAAAAAAAAAACACAUUCAACCUGAUGAUAAAAGUUUUAUUUAGGAAUAUAUGUGUUAAUAGCUCUCUAAAAUUAAAAAAAGAUUCAGUAUUUUCAAGAACAAUUUGCAGCAGAGUGAGGAAACAUGUCAUCCAUUAAUUAGAGAAAUGAGAAGAAAAAAAGGACAUUUUGCCACCGUCAGUGAGGGAAGUGCGGACCAAGCAGCACCACAGAAGUCCAAAUGAACUCAUUUAUCUUUUUUGUUUUCUGCACAUUAAUCAUUGCCAACAAAAAAAUCAUAAUACAUCUGCAUUAUUCUUUUCCUCCUGAGCUCAGAUAACAUGUUUCAUGCAGAGCUCAGGUUACUAUCCAAGAUUUAAUGUGCAGUUUAUAAGUUGUGUGGUUUUCUUUCAGGAGAAAAAGAUUUUUUUUUCUUCAAAGUUCACAAAUUGCAUCUUUAAUCUGCAGAGUAAUAUGACCAUAAGGCUGGUACAGUGUGUUUUGUACUUGAUGGAAACACUGCGAAGCUCUGGUAAGAAUCUGGCACCGCAUGACCUCCAGACACAGACAGAAAUAAAAAGCUUGUUUUUAUUUUGAUUCCUUGGAGGCAUUUCUAUCAGAAAUUUCAUUAAAAAAAACACCAAAAAAAAAACUUUGGUGUCAUAAAGCCUCAAGAAAGUGUUGUUUGUGGAGUUCCUUGGACUGUCAUUGCAGUUGUUUUUAAUGAAGAGCUUCUAAUCUUUUAAACUUUCCUUUUCUGUUCAGAUAUCAGACCACACAAAGCAAAACUUGACCAGCUUUUCAAAGCAGGCUGCCACUUCUUCUUGAAAUGUUUGGGCCUUCGUUGGGUUACCGAGGGGAGUCUGAACUCAUCUUUAAAAUUCAGUUAGGAUAGUCAAAGUAAUUUCCACAUUCAGGGACCUCCACGCCCCCUUUAUAGAACAGCGUGGUCAUCUGUGACAACAAAUAUUAAGUCUGAAACAUCAUGAAGAGGAGGAUUGGAUUUGAAUGGAUGUGGGUUGUAAAGUGGCUUGCAGAGGCAGCAGCGACUUUAAGCCAGCUGAAGCAGCUUAAAAAGUCUGCCAUAUAGGAGCCUUGUCAAUUGGAUGUGCAGAACAGUUGGCUUGGCUUUGUGGUCUGCCUGAACUACCCCUGUGCUCAAUUUUCAUCAUGAAAUAAAAGCCCAUUCAAAUCGAAUUCAUGUCGAGAACGUUGUUUUUCUCACUCUCCUAUCAUUCACCAACUCCAGCUGCUUUCUGGCUUCUUUCUGCCACCAGUGAGUGCCUUAAAGAGUUGAAGAGAAAGGAAACUUGGAAGGAAAAAGCCAAAAGAAAAAGACAUUUAGAAGAACAUGUUUAUAGUGGGCUUAGUGGGCAUUUGUAAUUUUUAACUGGAAGAUCACAGUGGGGGAAAAAGGUCUAAUUAAGUGUUAUAGUCACACUAGAGAAAACAGUGGUCAGAGAUCUCAGCACGACCAAUGAACUUGCUAGUUUGUCAACUUUGAAAUGGCUGCUUUGAAGACGUGGAUCAGGUCUGCUAUGAGAUUGAGUCAGUCUGAGAUUGAAUGGGGUCAAGAUUGCAAUUUGUGAUGAUACGCCAAUGAACUGUGAGAAACUGGUGGAAAUCUACAUAUUCAUAUUACAUUAAGUACUUGUAUUCAGAGUCCAGGCAGUACCUCCUGUACAGAAAUGCCUCUACAAAUACUGAUGUGGUUGCUGGAGGACAGCAGUUCAACUGCAAAAGGAUACAGGCACUCGGCAAUAGGAAUAUAGAAGUGCAUUGCAGACAAACUGCACUCAUGGGGGCAGACUGACUCUGAUUGACUGGAACAUGUUGUGUAAUAACUUAUCACACAUGGUUGCCCAGAUGCAGAAUGUGUUGCACACCCAACCUCUGUGCCAUAUUGCCAUAUUGCUCUGGAGUUUAUCUCCCAAAAGUCUGGCAAUUUUUUAAAAGGAAAAGUGCAAAAAAUAAAAAAAUCUAAACAUUUUUUGGCCCAUGUUGAACAAAGGCCAAAACUGUAGUUUGGGACACAUUUGGGUCAAAUCGUUCUUGCUGUCUGUGCAGAAGUUUGACUCGAGUGUGUGAUUUUUAAUGAAGUGGUUUUCAGGGUGGGAAAGGUGCAGGAAAAUGCUGGAUUGCAUGGAUGAGCACAUUUAUUUGUCUGGUAUUUGAGGUUCAGUGUUUUGUGUUUUUAAUCUUGUACAACUAAAACUGUAUUUGAAGUAUUUUUGUUUUAUGAGGCACACAUGAACAGGUCUGAGUUUCUGAAUGUUAAAGAAAAUCACUCACUGGUACUGAUGCUUUUACCAACGGCCUUUUCUUUGUACAUCAGCGUUGCCAUUGUUUGUUCCUGUAACGUUGUUGUUGGAAACAGUUGGUUUGGAAGAACCGGACCAAGCGCAGCCUUUGAAAUGGACAGAAACAGCACUACCAGUAACCACAACUGGUCUGGACUGGACUGAAGCCCAAAUCAGUGACUCUUCUUAGGAAGUGGAGAAGUGGGUGGAAAAAUCCAGAUCUAGGAAGUCCAAAUAUCCAA